GACUCGCGGACAUGCCAGAGCCUUUCUGGAACGAAGUGCGUAAGCUCCUUUUCUCCGAUUGUGAGACGAAACAGGAAAAUUUUGAUGAUGAGUCUUUCGAGCAUGUUCUGAAGAACUAUGAGCAGCAUGGGGCGGUGCAUCGACUGGCACAUGCCUACCAGUUCUGUGCCGUCAGCGAGAUGGAUGUCACAAGCGGUGCCCUGGGAUUUCCUGUGGACAUCCCAAAGUUUUUUUGCAACAGCCCCCAGCUGCGGACACGCCUGCUUGAGGGAAAACCAUUGUUGGCCUGGCCAAAGCCGUCAUUGGUCGGGGUCAUCAACAAGAACUCUUUGAGUUUGAACAUUGAGGUGAUGAAAAUCUUGGGUGACAUUUGGUGCCCUCAAUGGACUGGCCCCAUCACAACGCCUGUAGCCAUUCAGAAGCAGCAGGAGCCAGAGAUCGAGGCCUUGUUUGCCAAGUACCGCGGCUAUUGGCCACCAGCAGAGGAGGGUGAGGAAGAGACCGUUGAGACCGAUGAUUCCCAACCCCCGGCCGAGGAGCCUGAAUCCCCAGAGAGCUCUGAGAGUGACGAGGUUGUCUUUGACAGACUUGAGUUGGCCAAAGCCUUGGGUGUUCCCCAAGAGCAUGUUGAACGGUUGACCCCCAAGAAAAUGAAGAGCGACCCCGAGUCAUCACCUCCCUCGCCUUUGCCUCCUGUGAUUCAGACCUUGGAAGCUGAGCCGCCUAGCAUGCCAUCCAGGUCCGUGAGCAUUCCCGACCGAGCUGACUGGCGUGCAAAGCGCAUGGCCGAACUCAGGCGGAUGAUUGCAGAUCGCCAAGCCUGUUCGAAUGGAACCACUUCUGUGGGCAAGGGUGCGUUGGCACGACUUUGGGAUAAACAAGGAUCGGUCGACGUCAAUGUGGUUGACACAGUGCCCAUGGAACUUUCUCCCUUGGCUGCUGCUGCUUCUGCUGACGCUGCUACCCGGGAAGAGCCCAGCCCCCCCACAUCCCAGAUAGCUGUGAAGGAGCAACUGUUCCCCAAGCAGGAAGAGGCGAUGGAGAUCGCACAGGGCAAACCCUUCCCCGAGGUGACUCCCAAACCCAAUGAGGGUGAGAAGGAACAGGAAUUGGGUGAGGAAGCAAAGGCUACAGGAAAGGUUUCGCAGGUUGGGUCGGUGCAGGAUCAGGAAGGUGGCUACUCAGAUGUGUUGGAUCAACCGGAGGCUGAAGUUACGCGGCUGCAGCAGCAAGCAAGGAAGAGGGAUCUUGAUGACAAGGCUCGAGAGGCUGAGGCAGCUGAGGCAAAUCCAGGUGAUGAGGCUGGUGAGGUUAAGAAGCCAGGUAAGAGAAGCCGUGCCAAGGCGACCAUCCCAGAGCCAGCCCCUGCCCCUGCCAAGAAAACAAAGACCAAGGAGAACAACCCCACCUUCGCAGGCAGGUACAAGCCAACAACGGAAACCAUGGGUCGGGUUUGGGAGGCUUUGCGCAGAAAGUACAUGACCGACAUGGUUCCCCAAUUGCGUGCACCUUCCAAGUUUCAGGUUCCUUUCUGGCGAUUUGCUUUGAACAAGUGGGGUUCCGAAAAGGUGCAGUUGGAUCAGCUCGAUUCGGAUGGCUUAGCCGAUGCUGCACAUUGCGCAGGGGAAGCCUUCCUGUGGGAGCCGACCGUCGCAUCGCAUUUCAUUUCUCAGUAGGAUCGCGCUCCGAUGUCACCUUAUUAGUUGAUGUAUGUUCGGGCCUCUAGCCAUCCUAGUGCACUUGCACUGGGCCGGGGUUUGCUUGUGGCUUAACAUGCUGGAUCUUGUGGCUGCGAGAGCUUGGGAAAA